GAAAAGAAAAAAUAUAGAGAGAGGGGAAAAAAAUAAGCGAUGGUGUGCGAGUUACUCGGUUAGUGGGCACUUUUCUCCUUCUUCUCCGCCCCAUAGCCCCCAUUAUCUAGUAGCAGUAGUACAACAUCCUGCGACCGAAGUGGGUCUGAUUCCUUUUCUCCGAUCGCAGUUCAGUCCAGAGCAAUUCGUGAGUGCCGCUCUUGUUUCACUGUUUCUUCAACCAUGGAUGAUGCCGGCAAAAACAAUGAUACUUGGGAUUGGGAUGGAGAUGGAUAUUGCAUUCAGAAGGAUAACGAUUUAGAGAUACCAGAAAGCAUUUGGGAUGGGGUGUCUGAAAAUGACGAUCUUUCGUAUGUGCUUGAUGAAACAACUCCGGUCAAAGCUUGUGGGGACUUGGCAUACCAUGUUGCGUAUAGUGAUGGCAGGAACAAGAAAUCAGAAGAAUCUAGGGAGACUCAUUCACAAGCUAAAAGACGGCGGAUGUUACAGUUUAAUGCACAAGAUAUGGGAACUUCCCUCUGCAGUGAAGAUUUGUCUUCUAGAUUUCUAAAAUCACUUAACAAGGAUGUUUCCAGUCCAGCUGCUCUCCCCGAGGUUCCAUACGGGAUUCCCGAGUGUUCUGGACUCUCAGAUAAUGUCCCCAUUUCCUGUCAUGAGAAUUUGGAUCACUCGCCUGAAGGUUGGAUUUCUGAAUGCUUCAAUGAUGCUGAUAUGCAUUGCAGCCCUGAGGAUUUGAACUUUGCUGGGACUUCGGACAUUCAAAUCGACGUAUCAGAGUUUUGUGAUGUUAUGCCCGAGCUCAAGUCUAAUGCCGUUCAACAUCAUCCUACUCGAGCUCCUCGAAACAUAAUAUUUAAAGGUCGGAAAUCGUAUAUUAGAACUCCCACUAAAUUGGCUUCUUCAGUUGCCUACCCAUUUGCCUUCAUCAAACCCUGUGGAUUCCACGGAGACGUUACCUUGAAGGACAUAAACCAGCGGAUCCGUACGCCUCCACCAUCAAAACUGAAGCAUCAUCCCGAAGACCCGUCCCAAUCUUACCCAACUUCAGCCUUCUCUGGAAAGCCCGUCGUGGGUAAAACCAAGAUCCAUACCGAAGGGGGAAAGGGUAGCAUCACAAUCAUGAGGACCAGAGGUUGAACUCGCAAUGGAUAACGAUUCUCGCUAUCCAAACUUCCGGUUUUGCUGCCUAUCGGUCCCUCAUCGGGGGGGUUUGUAAAAUGUCAGGGGCAUCUAGUAAGUAGUAUAGAAGGUGAUUAAUUUCCAUUUUUGGUGGGGAUAGAUAGAUAGAGAGAGGAAGAUGGUAGGAGUAUUAGAGUUGGCCUUGGAAUCCCUAAUCAUAUAUAUAACUUGAUGAAUAUGUUUAUGCUUCCAAGUGAACUCUAGUAGGUUCGAGUUCGAUACCGAUACGAUUUAUAUGUCAAUUUUUAGACUUGAAAACGCUUCUUAUCAUUAUGUUUAUUAUGAAAAUCAUUCCAUUUGUUUUGGAUUGUGAAGUGAAA